GGGACGUAUUACUACUGUCUUGGUAAAGAGAAAGCUUUUGUUGUAUAGCGGCGGUCGGAAUAUUGGGAAGAGAAAUUUGGGUGCCCGGAGGAGCGGAUCAGCGGCGGCGAUGGCCGAGGCGGAGUGAGCGGCGGAGCGGGAGCCGCGCAGCCUCCGCGCCGGCGGGCGGACACCCGGCAGGGCAGCGCCGGGCGGGCAGCGGCGCCGCGGACCCGCGCCCCAGGGCUCGUUCCAGAGUCCACCAUGAAGAGAUUUCUGGUGCUUUGUGACUGCCUCUGGGCCUGGAGCCUCCUCUUGAAUGCACUGACUGAAAGAAGCUAUGGACAAACCUCAUCACAAGAUGAACUUAAGGACAACACCACAGUGUUCACCAGAAUUUUGGAUCGUCUUCUGGAUGGUUAUGACAACCGCUUGAGACCAGGACUGGGAGAGCGUGUAACUGAAGUGAAGACUGACAUCUUUGUCACCAGUUUUGGGCCUGUUUCAGACCAUGAUAUGGAAUACACUAUAGAUGUAUUUUUCCGCCAAAGCUGGAAAGAUGAGAGAUUAAAAUUCAAAGGACCUAUGACUGUUCUUCGGUUAAAUAAUUUAAUGGCCAGCAAAAUUUGGACGCCUGAUACCUUUUUCCACAAUGGAAAGAAAUCAGUGGCUCAUAACAUGACAAUGCCAAAUAAACUAUUACGAAUUACAGAGGAUGGGACGUUGCUAUACACAAUGAGAUUGACUGUGAGAGCAGAAUGUCCAAUGCACUUAGAAGACUUUCCUAUGGAUGCACAUGCUUGCCCCUUGAAAUUUGGAAGCUAUGCUUACACCAGAGCAGAGGUUGUGUAUGAGUGGACACGGGAACCAGCAAGAUCAGUGGUUGUGGCUGAAGAUGGCUCUCGACUGAACCAGUACGAUCUGCUUGGACAAACUGUGGACUCUGGAAUUGUGCAGUCCAGUACAGGGGAAUAUGUUGUUAUGACUACACAUUUUCAUUUGAAGAGGAAGAUUGGUUAUUUUGUCAUCCAGACUUAUCUGCCAUGCAUCAUGACAGUGAUACUGUCACAGGUGUCCUUCUGGCUUAACAGAGAAUCUGUUCCAGCAAGAACUGUAUUUGGAGUGACAACUGUGCUGACCAUGACUACGCUGAGCAUCAGCGCAAGGAACUCUCUGCCCAAGGUGGCCUAUGCCACGGCCAUGGAUUGGUUCAUCGCUGUGUGCUAUGCCUUUGUCUUCUCGGCACUCAUCGAGUUCGCCACAGUCAAUUACUUCACCAAGAGAGGAUACGCGUGGGAUGGCAAGAGCGUUGUUCCAGAAAAGCCAAAGAAAGUGAAGGAUCCUCUCAUCAAGAAAAACAACACAUACACAGCUGCAGCUACGAGCUACACCCCUAAUAUUGCAAGGGACCCUGGGCUGGCAACCAUUGCUAAAAGUGCAACAAUUGAGCCCAAAGAAGUUAAGCCAGAAACAAAACCUGCAGAACCCAAGAAAACUUUUAACAGUGUCAGUAAAAUUGACCGGCUAUCAAGAAUAGCCUUCCCAUUGCUUUUUGGAAUCUUUAACUUAGUCUAUUGGGCUACCUAUUUAAACCGAGAGCCCCAGCUAAAAGUUCAAACUCCACAUCAAUAACCUCAUUUAUUCGUGUAGUUCUGUUUUGUCUUUUGCUCUGGGAAUUGCUUCCCUUUUUCACAUACAGUAAUUCCCAUUUGCUCCAUUGCCUCUGUCUUAAAGAAAAUAAAGGUUUCCUUAGUUAGCAAAAGGUAAAAUAUAUCUGUAUAUU